AUCCAGAGUGUCCCCAGCCAGCAAAACGCCGGCGUCGCUCCGUUCAGCUCAUUGAGUAUAAGGCAAUCAAAACGGCAGAUUACCACGAUCGGAAGCUGAAGAAAUGCUGCGAAGACGGGAUGUACGAGAACCCCAUGGGGCACACCUGCGAGAAGCGGGUUGGGUACAUCCUGGAUACGGAUGAAUGCAAGAAGACCUUCCUUGACUGCUGCAAUUAUAUCAAGACCAUACGGGACAAGAUGCAACGGGAGCUCCACCUGGAACUUGCAAGAAGUGACUUGGAUGAAGAUUUCAUGUCUGACGAAGAUAUCACCUCAAGGAGCCAGUUUCCAGAGAGCUGGCUGUGGCAAGUGGAGCAGCUGACUGAGCGACCAAAUGAACUGGG